ACUUUAUUGGGUCUUGUUCUUUCAUUACACCCAGAAAUCACCACCACAACCACAAUCACUCUGUAUUCUUCGAUUUAUUGUGUUGAACACCCCUCUGAGAAAGCGUCUACUUUACAUCAGAAGAUAUUCGCCAUGGAAGACGGCAAGAAUGCCAAUCCACUGAUUAUCAAUCCUUCGGACCUACCUACACGCAGACGGCGGGCCUCUGCGCAGAAUGAACAGUCCGACGGCGCAAUAACAUUUGCCUACCCCGCCCCAUCCUUUAUGAACGAUCCUUUUGCACGCUCAUCCAGUCCUUCUUCGUUCGAAGACAGUGAUAGCGAUCUAGAAAACGAGCCCAUCGACACCCAAGAGAUUUACGACCUCAUCGCCACCAUGUCGGAUCCCGAACAUCCCAUCACCCUUGGGUCGUUGGCGGUGGUGUCCUUGCCUGAUAUAACGAUCAAGCCUACGAUUCCGAGCCGUCCAAGGUCGAACCUACAAACUGUUACCGUGCUGAUUACGCCUACCAUACAGCAUUGUAGUUUGGCCACCGUGAUCGGCCUGGGAGUCCGAGUGCGCUUGGAAGAGUCUCUGCCCGCUCGGUUUCGAGUCGACGUGAGAAUUAAAGAAGGGACACACUCUACGGCGGAUGAGGUCAAUAAACAACUGGCAGACAAGGAACGUGUGGCUGCCGCCCUUUGGAAUCCUACGUUGCAGAGCUUUAUCAAAAAGAUGCUCGAGACUUGCGAAUGAUUGAAACGACAUGUCAACCAGUAACCCUACCAUCAUUAUACCAGGAAGCCUGGGCACAGAUACUACCUUUGAGCUGGAAAUCUCCAUGAUUUUACAAGAUCCACACACCGACCCGAUCAGAACAGCCUCAAAAGGCGUCUAAGCCAUGUCAUUUCGGGGCAUACACUGCACUUUGACGCAAGUGAAGGUCGGUGCUGCCGUGACCAUGGAAGAGUGCCAUUGGGCAGUGUCGACUCCCACGCCCGAAGCUACCAAUCUUCACGGAUUGAAGGAGAAUUAUCACCAGUCAUGGUGAAAUAUCUCAGGAUUAUCGACGACAAGCACGAAGGAUCGCACGAGAAUAUGACCACUAUCUUGAUGAAUUCGGUGAAGCAUCAACCCAGAUAUCAGCAUCAGGUAUCAAUGAAAGCGUUUGCCGUUGACGCAACUAUUCUUUCUGCAAAUCAAGUAUUGAAUGUGCGCCGCCAGCGUUUAAUGAGUUCAAGGUCCGCGGAGAAGGCUUUCCGACCAAAAAGGAAAUGAGCAAAAAUUCGCCAGGAAGAUCUGGAAGCAAAAAGAAUCACGCUCAACUUGUUCAACAAGUCGAGAAAGGGAUUUGAGCCCUACGUGGGGGUCGAACCCACAGCCUUAAGAUGGUAUCUCUUGUUUAAGAGUCUUACUGAAGAAUUAUGAGUAUACGCUGUGUUGGUUGAAGCUUGGAAUGUCCCUUACCGCUGUUCACAAAUUAGUGAUAUUUCAGGAAGAGCGAGUGAAAGACAAACCUCUACCGAUUGAGCUAGCAAGGCGCCAGCGAUCUCUGUGUGAUUUCUUGAGGAAAAUUUGAGGGCUUUAAUGGAUAAAAUGUGGACUGAGUACGAGGAUGAAAAAGAUUUUCAAGGGCUGGCGGGAGAGUGGACUCGUUACUGUGCAGUGUGGUGUACUGUAGCGUGAAGAUAUUGUAUGCUCCGCUUUCAGCCUGGUGAAUACUUGGCAAGGCUGCGGUAGGAAUUGUAGCGUAUCAAGUCUCUAAUACUACGAGUUUGUAUACUAG